UCUACGUUAAGAAACUCAUCAAAAGAAGUAUUAUGUGGGCCGCUACGCUUCUAUUCAGCGCGUUUUUAAUACUCUUCAAUUAUUUGUACUGCGUGAAGCCGAGGAACUACCCGCCUGGUCCAAAAUGGCUUCCAAUACUCGGCAGUGCGUUGUCCGUAUCGCGUUUACGAAAAAAGACUGGUUCACUGGCGGAAGCCAUGGCGAUAUUCAGUCGGAAAUACGGCCCGGUGUUGGGCUUUAAGUUCGGCCAAGAGCGGAUCGUUAUCUGUUACGGUGGGCUCGCAAUCAAAGAAUUUCUCAAUACGGAGAGUCUGAACGGACGGCCGAUGGGACCGUUUUAUGAACUGCGCACAUUCGGCCGGAAUGGCAUAUUGCUCACCGACGAACAGUUCUGGGUAGAACAACGCCGCUUCAUAUUGCGGCAUUUACGCGAGUUCGGUUUUGGCAAACGCAAUAUGAGCGAGAUGAUCGAAGCGGAAGCCGACGUUAUGGUCAAUCACAUAAAGCAUCUCAUCGGCAACCAGAAAGAAAUAUCAGCGCCGAUGGAUACAAUGUUCGGUAUUCACAUACUGAACACAAUCUGGACGAUGUUGGCAGGCACCAAGUACAAUCCGGAGGAUUCCAAUUUGAAAUAUUUGCAGAAUAUCUUGACGGAGUUAUUCAAGAACAUAGAUAUGAUCGGCACUAUAUUUAGUUAUUUCCCGUUCCUCAUCUACUUCGCGCCCGAGUAUUCCGGAUAUAAUCUCUAUAUGAAAACGCACGUGCCAAUUUGGAAGUUCAUUACGCAGGAAAUCGAAAAGCACAAAAAGACGCACGUGCCCGGAAGUCCACGAGAUUUGAUCGAUGUGUAUUUGGAGAUGUUGGCGGCGCCGGAGAAGCCCGCCAGUUUCACCGACGAUCAGCUGCUCGCCAUCUGUCUGGACCUAUUCAUGGCCGGCUCGGAAACGACCACGAAAUCUAUGAGCUUCUGUAUGCUGUACUUACUGUUGAAUCCUGACGUGCAGCGGAAGGCGCAGACGGAGAUCGAUAUGGUGGUGGGGAGGGACCGGGUGCCGUCGCUAAAUGAUCGCCCUAACAUGCCGUAUCUCGAAGCCAUUGUUAUGGAAACAUUGCGCCACUUUAUGAGGAGAACCUUCGGCGUGCCGCAUCGAGCGCUCAAAGACACACAUCUAUGCGGUCACUUCAUCCCAAAGGACACAAUGGUAAUCCCGACCUUCCAUGGCAUCUUCGAGGGCGCCGAGUGUAUGUGGAAGGAUCCGUACGCCUUCCGGCCGGAACGGUUUAUCGUCGACGGUAAGGUGAAGGCGCUUGACAUGUUCAUCCCCUUCGGCAUGGGAAAACGACGCUGUCUCGGUGAGACGCUCGCCCGCGGCAACCUCUUUAUCUUCAUCGGCGCGCUGCUGCAGAACUUUGAUUUCAAAGUGCCGGCGGGCUGCAAACCGCCGACCACCGACACCGUUGACGGCGUGACGGCCGCACCCCGACCAUUCCGGGUAUUAUCGCACAUCGUACAGCGUGAUCCAACCAUCACCCAUACGCCCGCCAUUGUUAUUAAUAAUUCUUUAUGUAUGAUAUACCGUUAG